CAGCUUUUGAACUGCACAGUUUUGGCCGCCGGUCAUGUGCCAAAGCAACGGGAGAAUGAGGCGCUUUCUUCCUUUGCCUCUGAUGGCAGUGCUCUUCUCUCACGAUCUGGGCCUGGUUCCCGGCGUGCUGCCGCGAGCUGGACGUAAACUCACGGCCAGGAAUGCAGAGUCGUUUGGCAGGGACCUGCAAGACCAGCCAUUUGCUGUGAUUCUUCCAGGUUUUCUUGGCAGCGCGUGCGACUUUGAGGACUUUGCGGAGGAUAUGCGGGCUGCAGGUUACAAGGCAGUAGUUGCUCCAAUUGAGUGGUGGCACUGGCUACCCUGCAUUGGUGGAAGAAGCAUGAGGCCAAUUCUGGAGCGCAUUGACCAUGCUGUAUACCAAGUCCUUGCUAACGACUUGGAGCCUGUGGCUCUGGAGCAGCCUUCAUAUACACCGGCAGACUUCUUGACAGACAUGUUGAACAACCCCGGCGGCAUCCUCAAGGUUGGCGGCUCCGACGAUCCAGCAGAGUAUCCAGAGGUGCAGCCGAGCGGUGCAGACUUCACUGCCAAGGCUAGAGCGCGGUCCCCAGACAAACGUCGCCUGGCCAUUGUCGCACAUUCUGCAGCCGGAUGGAUCUGCCGACUGUACUUGUCUUCAGUACCAUAUGGACGUACUUAUGCUGGUGCGGACAGAGUUCACUCUCUGGUGUGUUUAGGAUCCCCGCACCACGUGGGCGACAGUUUGGUGUUCAAAGCCCUCAAGUACUUGGAAGCCACAGCUGCAGAGGCCUUGCCUGGCAAUGUCCGGUGCCUGUGUGUCGGAGCAAAGGGCACAAUCUCUGGCAAAGGUUCAGACAUGACUCGUGGCGCCUACGAGCUGUGUGGUGCCGAUCCGGAUGAUGACACUGUGGACGGAGAUGGAAUGACACCAUUGUUUUCUGCUCUAGCAUUCGAGCCUGCUGACAAAAUGAUCCUGGAUGGAGUGACACAUGCGCCAGUUUAUCCAGCGCUUGGACCAAGUGCAGAGCUAGCUCAAGACCGACAAAGCAAGCCGUGGUAUGGGAGCCCUGCCAUUCUGGAGAAGUGGCUACCCUGGCUUUUGCAGAUCCACGAAUAAAUAUAAUUCAUCAAAUAC